CUCACCCUCUUUUGUAUAUUUCAAUAUCCACAAAAGAGACCUCGUCUCUCAUUCUUCCCUUCUCUUCUGGAAUCAAUUGUUUCCCAUUUUCCGGCAACUGAACAGCCUCACGAAUAUGCCUGGUCUAGACAUGGAACCCUUCGUUACCGAUGAUACUCGAAUCCUGGGUCAGGAUCCCCUGAUUCCACCCCAAUUAUUGCUCUCCGAGAUCCCAAUUACGGAUGCCUCCCUCAAGACCGUAGUUCAAGGUCGUAAAGAUGCCAUCGAGAUUAUCAUGGGCAGAUCUGACCGCCUCCUGGUCGUCUGCGGUCCCUGCUCUCUCCACGACCCAGCCACUGCUAUCGAGUAUGCCUCUCGAUUAAAGAAACUUUCAGAGAAGCUCUCGGACGACCUCUGCAUCAUCAUGCGUGCCUACCUUGAGAAGCCCCGCACGACUGUCGGCUGGAAGGGUUUGAUCAACGACCCUGACAUCGAUGAGUCUUUCAAGAUCAACAAAGGAUUAAGGAUCAGCCGUCAACUUUUCUGCGACCUCACCACCAGCGGCAUGCCAAUUGCCUCGGAAAUGCUGGACACGAUCUCCCCUCAAUUCCUCGCAGACCUCAUCUCUCUCGGUGCUAUUGGUGCCAGAACCACUGAGUCCCAAUUGCAUCGCGAGCUUGCCUCCGGUCUUUCUUUCCCAGUCGGAUUCAAGAACGGUACAGAUGGUAGCUUGACAGUUGCAAUUGAUGCCAUUGGCUCUGCUGCUUCAAAGCACCACUUCAUGGGUGUCACGAAACAAGGUCUGGCAGCAAUCACCCGGACGAGCGGCAAUGAACAUGGUUUCGUCAUUCUGCGUGGCGGUACCAAAGGUACAAACUACGAUGCAGAGAGCGUCAAGAUUACCAAGGAGACCCUGCAGAAGAAGGGUCAGAAGCAAGCCAUCAUGAUCGACUGCUCACAUGGCAAUUCGAACAAGGAUCAUCGCAACCAGCCAAAGGUUGCAAAAGUGAUCGGCGAGCAACUUCGUGCCGGUGAAACUUCUAUCAUCGGUGUUAUGAUCGAGUCCAACAUCAACGAGGGCAACCAAAAGGUACCACCUGAGGGACCUUCAGGUUUGAAGAAGGGGGUCAGCAUUACCGAUGCCUGCAUCAACUGGGAGACUACGGUUGAGGUUCUUGAGGGUUUGGCAGAAUCGGUAAGAGAGAGGCGCAAGGUGAUUGCCGCCAAUGGCAACAGCAAUUAAGCUGGGUUUGGGAAGUACGAUUGGAUGGAUGUGUGGUUCUGGGAGGGUCAUCGCGCGGCGUUUGGAGGACUUUCACUUUGAAAUACAUUAGAACAAUUUUUGCGUGUGGGGUUUGAACAGAUGAACUCUGCCGCAUUUGGAAGAC